AUGUUUGCUUACUCCGAUUCCACCAUCACUCGUAAAUCCAAUGAUGAUAACACGAAGGUGAACUUUUGUUCACGAAACUCACCACACAGCAACAACCGUCCCGAGUCGUAUUACAACUCGUGUUCCAUAGUCAAUCUGGUGUCCCGACUAUCUGACAUUGAACAAAAACGAAUGGUUCAGAAGAGAGCCGAGGAAGCGGAAAACAGAAAGAAAUUGCUUAAAGAGCAGGAACGUCGAUAUAAGUUAUGCGCCGAGCAAGAACGAUUGGUUCGCGAGAGAACUAGUCAUCAAUUAUUACUGAAACAAGAGCAAAGUAGAGAUGCCUUGAGGAAAUUUUAUGAACGAAAGGCAAAGGAGGCAAAAUUUCAAUGUCCCUUCAGCAACAACUCAAGGUCAUCAUCGCCGUUAAGUAGUACCAAUAAUUCUUUCGCUUCAUUUAAUUCAAGUAGUACUAGUAGUAGCGGUGGUAGCAUCACCUCCUCCUCUUCAAGUUCUCGCGCUUGCCCCUCAUCGAACAAUAAUUCCAGGCAGAAUUCGUGUAGAAACUUGAGGCAGUUGGUGGAAAAGAGCAAGGCCGCAUUGAAGAUUAAUGGCUUUAUUAUACAUCAUGUACGCAGGCGAAGAACUCGUCGCGUGUUGAAUGAACUUUACAUCCUGCGUGAGAUUGAGAACCGUCUCACGACAGAACAACAAAAAGACAAUGUAAUUAAAUUACUCGAACAAUUGAAUAGUGUACAGUGCAAUGAUUCAGAAAUUGUUUGCGCGCGAAAAAAUGUUGUCUCUAAAGUUGCCAAGGAGAUGUUGGCAAAGAAAAUGGCAGCCGAGGACGAUUUUGUGUUGGUUGAAUUCAAAGGAUGUGAUUUAUGA